UUUGAAGAGGAAGAGUUUGUACGCCUUGUGUGUGAAAAUUUCGCGCCGAUACCCUCUCAUUUACAAUAGGAAACCGUGAAAAACUUUAGCAUAUGAAAAACUUAUAUUUUCUUCCGAUAUUAGAAUAUUAAACUAAAUUGAAUAUGAUUAAUUGAAAGAAAUCGAGUGAGGGAGUAUAUCAAGGGUAAAAUUUGUAGCGUGAAUUGUAUUUUGCUACGGCAAGGGUAGCGUCGAAAACAGAGACAGUGAAGCAGCAGAAAAUUAACAACUUGUGAUCCAACGUUCCUUCUCAUAUUACAAGAGUUCACAGUGCAAAUUCUGCAAAAAAUUACCAAACGGAGAAUGGCUCCGGCGAAAAAACGCGAAAAAGACACUGCAUCAGCGGCGCCGGCAGCUGCUGUGAACAAUAUUCCUAACGGAAAUGCUACUGGUAAUGGAGGAGUGCCUUCUGCAACAGCUGCUGCUGCAUCUGCAGUCGCUGCAAAUACUGCAUCUACGAACGUUGAUAAUGCAAAACUCAAUGGCCACCAACAGGAGCAGGAACUCUUUUUACAGGCUUUUGAAAAACCAACACAGAUUUAUCGGUUUUUACGCAAUCGCCAUAGCACAAGUCCUAUCUUCUUGAAUCGAACACUGAGUUACAUGAAGGACCGUAUGUCGCGAAACAAUAAAAAACGUGCGACGUUCAAAGUUAAUUCCAUUUUACAGCAAAUAACUCAGAAAACGGAAUCCAUAUCAAAUAAAUACCUGAAUAUCAUUUACAAUGGUUUGUUCGAUAAAAGUGCUUGCAGCGAUCAAUGGUGGAAUGCUGGUGACGCGGUCUGUGUCGAAGCUACCCUGUACAAAAUAACAAAAAAUAAGCGAAAGGAUAGCACAUCGGAUUUUCAGGAAAUGAUGAGUUACAGUUCAGACGUUGUAUAUAAUCCGCAUGAUAAUAUUGGCCGCUUCUCUGCUAUCAGUAUUCCGGUACAAUCCAUGUGCCCUUUGGGCGAUCAACACACUAUCUAUAAACUUUUGUUUCGUAUUAAAGUCCUACCAAAAUUUGAUACCAAAACAAAUGAUGAGAAUAAUGAAAACGGUGAGACCCCUUGUAAACGUGGUAAACUAAGUACAAAAAUUUAUGGCUGCGAAUUAAUAGUGUUUGAGAAGAAUAUAUGCUUUAUUCCUGAGGGGGACUAUGAGGCGGCGAUGCAGGAACUCAAUUCAACGAGCAUAAAAUCUUUUUCUCCAAAGAAACGAACUUGGGAGACCCUGCCAGAUAAUUACAUUCCACUCUCGAUGAAAUUCGACGUAUUCAAUCAAUUUCCAACGCUCAAGUUUCGUUUAAUCUGGUCAGCGAAUGAAAUGCCUAAGGGUAUUGAAGCAAAAGAUUUGCAUUUAUAUGGAAACUUUUCUGAUAACACAAAUGAGGCAAAAAAUGAUCAGCAAAAAAGUUUAAGCAAUGGUGUUGAAGUUCCCUUGAAUGGUUGCGCCACAUUGGGCGCACACGUUAAUCACAAUAAUAAUUGCGUAAAAGGCAGUGGUAACAGUGGCAAAAGUGGAAUUGCUCUACCGCCUGUAAAAGCGGAGAAGAUACAAAUAGUUUAUAAUUUUUUGUACAGUAAUAACACGAGGCAACAAACUGAAUACACACAAGAGGUAAUAUGUCCAUGGUGUGGUCUGGAUUGUUUGCGUUUGUAUGCAUUACUUAAGCAUUUGAAGUUGUGCCAUGCGCGUUUCAACUUUACUUAUCAACCGGCAGGGAAUGGUGCGCGUAUCGACGUGACAAUCAAUGAUUCGUAUGAUGGUUCAUAUGCGGGUUCGCCAUAUGAUUUGGCAGGGCCGUCAGGCUGUUCUUUUGCGAGAACUUGUGGUCCAGUGCGGCGAACGACGGUGACAAAUUUGUUGGUGUGCCGUCCGCGUAGACAAAAGACUUGUCUAGAUGAGUUUCUGGUGCUAGACGAAGACGAUUUAAGCAAUCAGCGACCGUAUAUUACGGGCCACAAUAGGCUUUACCACCAUACGGAGACUUGUUUGCCUGUUCAUCCGAAAGAACUUGAUAUCGAUUCCGAAGGCGAAAGUGAUCCACUUUGGCUACGGCAAAAAACUAUACAAAUGAUUGAUGAGUUCUCCGAUGUGAACGAAGGGGAAAAAGAGUUGAUGAAAUUGUGGAAUUUACAUGUGAUGAAACAUGGCUAUGUCGGCGAUUGUCAGUUGCCAUUAGCUUGCGAAAUGUUUCUAGAUUGUAAUGGCCACGAGGUUAUACGCAAAAAUCUGUACCGUAAUUUUAUCUUACAUAUGUGUUCACUAUUUGAUUAUGGGCUAGUUUCACCAGAAACUGUCUAUAAAACGGUACAAAAGCUUCAAGGCAUGUUAAGCAAAUAUCCCGAGGGGCAAGAGAUGAUGUCCAAACAACGUGAGGCGCAACUGAAGUAUUGGCUGGAAGUGGGUAUACAUAAGCAAGAUGAACAAAAGCUUAAAUCGCCACAAAAGCAACCGGCGAUGACUGCAAGCACUUCCGAGGCGUUAGGUGUCGUCACCGAUGCUGGAGGCACCGCUACAAGUGGCAACAAGAAUACGGAUAAUAAACCAAUGCAACCACCUUCAAAGCGUUCGGCCACAGCUGUUAAGCGUGCCAGUAUGCACCCGCAAAAUUGUCUUAAUGGUAGCGGUGCUUCUGAUAAAUUGGUCAGCAGUAGCGGUAGCAAAGGUGUUGCCAAAAAGACAGUAUGCCAAGUAGAUGACGAUCAAGAGCCUACCUCUAAUGCUGUCGCAAGUAACGUUGACAUUAACGGAAGUACUGAUAAGCGUGAGCGGCGCAGUGAAACCCACACGAGUAGGAGAAGUAGCACGGCUACAUCUGCGGCAGUCACGUCGGCGACGGAUCGCGAUGCAAAAAAUGAGCGAAAAGAAAUUCAGACCAGCGAGCGUCCACAACGUGGUGGUGCCGCAGCAACAAAUACCGCCGCUACUGCAGAAUCACGUGUGCAAGCGGCUAAACGGAGACUGUCUAUAAAAGAUGUACCACAACCCGUCAGCAAACGCAACCGCACCUCAGAUGCCAACAGUAGUAGCAACAGUGGCGGUGUCAGUGGUGGCACAACAACACGCACAGCCGCUCAGCGACAGUCGGCCGAAGGUGUCAACAGUUCUACUAAUAGCAGCGGCAGGCAUUUCACCAACUCAAGUACUGCAGCCAAUAGUUUGUCAACAACACUGCCAAAACGUUUGGUAACCAGGCGUCAAUCCAUUGCUGGCACUGCCAAUACUAGCCAUAGUAACAACAACAGCAGCAAUAAUUCUGCAGAAGCGACACUGCCAAAGUCCUCCUCCUCCAAAAACUCGAACACCACUACUUUAACAACAGCAGCGCCCGCCAUCACCACUCAUCAUUCAUUGCGUACGCGCUUCUCAGUGCCAUUGGCGAAAGUAGAUAAACGUUAAAAACAACAAAAGGCAAAAAGAGAGAUGAGAUGUAUUUAGGUGUGGGCUUUGUAUGGAAAGUUAACCGAGGUGAUAUGUCGACAUCGUCAGCGACGUUAUAUGAAAGGUUAAAAAAUAUUGUUCGUUACGUUUAUGUUAAGUUUUUAUAAUUUUUUAAAGAUUUUUUAAUUUCUUACCUAAGUCAGAAAAUCGCGCUAACAUAUACAACAUUGCAUAAGUACGUUGCUGAGAAUCAUAACAAAUAAAAUCGCUUAAUUAUUUAUAGCUAUGACUUUUUUAUUUGUUUACAUAUUGAAAGUAUAACUUUAAAAACUCCAAUACUUAGCUCCUUAAAAGACUAAUAAAAAUGAAGUUUUUUUUUUGUUUGUUUAAAUUUAUUUUACUAAUAUUAAUAUUACUAAUUAUAGACUUUUUGGAAUCAUAGCUCAUUGCUAAGUAGUUAAAAAUUUGAUAUUUCACAAUUUAAUUCGUUUAAUAAACUGAACUGAACACAUCUGCAAAACGUAAUAUUUACAUAUAAAUAAAUAACAGACGAAUAUAAGAAAAUUGUAUUUCGGUGUGCAAAUGCCUGAGUGAUGUGAAUUGAAUAUUUUACAUAUUUAUAAUAUACGGAUUUUUAAGAAAGGUAAAUCCAAAACUGAAUUUCACUUGUACUAAUAUAACAAAAUGAUGUACGUCUUAAAUUACACAAAAAAAAAGAGGGAAAACUUACAAGCUAAAUAUUUUUAAUAAUACUUUUAGACUGUUUCAGAUAACCGGUUAAUCAGUCAGAGAAGCUCGUUAAUUAUAUGCUAUUUUAAGUAUGUAUGUAUAUCAAAAUAUAUAAAUAUGUAUGUAUUUGUAUGUGACUAAUAGUAAAAUAAAUAAAGCAAGCUAUACUUGCGUACUUACGUCAA